AUGGCGCCUCAGGCUGCGUACAGCCUCAUCGAGCUGCCCAGCAGCCGCAACUCCACCCUCUACGGGCGCAGCCAGCACGGGCGCCAGCUACACUGCGAGCUGGUCGGCUGCAUCCAGGCACGAAUCGCGGUGGCGAUCCUGGAACAAACUGAAACGGCUCCUCGAGGGCGGGAGUUGCAGAACCGCCGACCCCGGGAUGGGGAUACGGCGAUCCCCCUCCCGCCGCCACAAAUUCAACUCCCGCCACAGGCGGAACGGGCGGGAGGCGAAGCCGAGACCCAGGGACAGGAGCAGAGGCAGAGGCAGCAGGAGGCGACGGGGCAGUAUUCUGAUGCGGGACGGGAGCGGCAGGCGGCGGAUCCACCGGCAGCACAGCCUGUCGGAGAGCAGCACGUGCCGCGACGGCGUGAGAGCUGCCUUGGGUCUGGGCGGCCCUCUCCUCCCGCAGGCGCGGGCGCGACAACAAGCACCGCAGGCAAGGGAACCGCGGGGUCGGCGACAGACACCGGGGGUGCAGCAGGGGACGCCUGGGGUUCAGUCGGCACUGGCUGCGCGGAGGGAACAGCAGCGGCAGGUGCAGGAGCCGGAGCGACAACAGUCGCUGUUGAUCCCGGCGCUUCCGCGACAAGGGGAGCCUCGGGUCCGGGGGGAGGAAUCUUUUCAGAGGCUGUUGGCGAGGGCUUCGGAGCCGGAGGCAGAGGGGGCUUCGUCGCCGUGGUCGCCCUUUCGGGCUCAGACGGAGGCCUGGAGACCAUUGCCGACCAGGAGGCAACGAGCUCUGGCGACGGCUCAGGCGCACCAGGAAUCACCAUCGCGUGGACGGGGGGCUCGAGAAGAGAGGAGUCAAGAGGUUAG